GGUUGUUAUCUUCGACGUGAAAUCAUUAUUUGAAUUAUCUACAAAAAUAACAAUGCCUUUUCAAUUCCUCAAGUCACCGCUCAGCUACAAGAGACACACCUCGGCAAUGGUUUGCAGAGACCAAUCAUUCAGUAAAUCGGAUGAUACCCUGAUAUUCACCGAUGUCUACGAGGAAGACCUUUUCACCAAGGACCCAGACUGUAUUAGAAAGAUAACUUGGACAACAACCCCCAAGAACGACUACACAAAUGCCGAGUGCCGCAUCUGGAUUGGAGCACAGCUUCGAGCCCAUUACAUUUUUCUUUCCCGAUCCUCGGCCAUAUCCAUUGCCAGCAACUUCGUCGGUUCGGGAUACACAAUGUAUGCAAUGGAAAAAGAAGAUUGGGUAGAAAUGCUCGGAGUUCAUGGUUAUGUCAUAAGAUUCUUGAUUCGAAGAAUUUUGUGGAAUAAGAGUACAGCCAUGAAAGCGGGCUUUUCGGCGGCAGCCAUAUUUGAAUUGAGGGGCGAAUAUAAGCCAGAGAUGGCGUCUGAGGAGGAUUUAAUUUGGAGCGGGCUGUAUUCAAUCAAGGGGAAUUCGAGAUGAUAUCAUUACUUGUGAAGUAAUUUGAAUAUAGGGAUCUCAAGAUAUGGAGUUAUUUUGAUAUGGGAAUGAUUGGAUGUGUGGAUAACCGGAUAUGGAGUAAUUUGGAUUUGGAUCUUAUCGACUUGCAAUCAGUUGUGUAUAUAAUAGAAUUCUCA